GAAGUCCUCCACGAUUUCCAUUCAGUUCAUUUUCACAACACAGUCCGACAUGGUGUAACAAAAUUUUUAGUGUUCUCGUCUUGUAUUUUAUGUUUUUGUCGUGUUGUUUAUUCGGUAACAUGAUUAAAAAUUGAAGAAAAUCAAACAAAAAAAUCAACACUUAUCCACAACACUCAACUCUUCUGUGUUAAAACAAACUACAGCGUCCUGUCCAUAAGAUUUGUUCAAAGGAUUCACAGCCGGUCAGCUCUCAAAUUGCGUACACCGGCUAGAACGGCAAUCAUUGGAGGAGGCAGAACAAUAGAAGGAGAUAAGAACAGUGCGUGAGUAACAAAGAUAACCCGAAAGAAAAUCGUUAAAUAAGAAAAUAAAAUCGUGGAAAAAUAAAAGAAAAUCGUGAAUAAAGAAAAGAAAACGGGAGUGUCGGGGUAUACGUGACGCGCUACGAAAGUUGUGAAUCAAGCAGUUGAUAAAAGUGGGUGUGGAGGUAGAAUAGGCGAUAAUUGUCAGUGAAAGAAAGAAUAGGUGAUAGAAUUAUUAUUUGUGUAGAGAAAGGAAUUGGAAGAAAAUAAUAUAAGUGAUAAGAAGAGGAUAUAGGUUUUAGAGGAUAUAAAUAAUAUUGAAAGCAAGUAAAAUAUAGUUGAUUUAUAUUGUUCAAGGGAGGAAACAGAAUAUAAUAUUGAUAUUUUUUCUCGGGGGAAGUAAUUAGAAGGGAGUAAAGUAUAGGUUUUCAUUGUUAGAAGUAGCCGGGAAAAUUUUUCGAAAAUGUUGCAAACCCUAAAUCAGCUGGCGGGCAAAAUUUCUCCGCAAACUGACAACAACGCGAACAAAGUGCAUUCUCUGAACAACAACAAUAACAACAACAUAGGUCAACAACAAUGUUGUCCCGUCAACACCUCUGUGCACCCCUACAGCAAGGUUAACAGCACCAAUGGAACUGCAAGUCCUGGGCCCAUCAUUGACAAGAAAAUGACAAACCAAGACCAACCCGACCCCGAUAACAUAAAAAUGUUUGUCGGCCAAAUCCCGCGUACGAUGGACGAAAACGAUUUGCGAGAAAUGUUUUCGGAGUUCGGACGUGUGCAUCAGAUCAAUGUGCUUCGCGAUAAAGUCACCGGACUUAGCAAAGGAUGCUGCUUCGUCACCUUUUAUACACGAAAAAGUGCAUUGGAAGCUCAAAAUGCCCUACAUAAUGUCAAAACAUUAGCGGGGAUGCACCACCCUAUCCAAAUGAAACCGGCCGAUAGUGAAAAUAGAAAUGAACGGAAACUGUUUGUCGGAAUGCUAUCGAAGAAGUGUACAGAAAGUGAAGUGAGGACAAUGUUCAGCGUUUAUGGUGUCAUAGAGGAGUGUUCUGUGCUAAGGGACCCCAACGGACAGAGUAAAGGUUGUGCGUUUGUCACGUUCACGUCGAAGCUGUGCGCGAGUCAAGCCAUUAAAGCCAUGCACCAUUCGAUCACAAUGGAGGGCGCCUCCUCGCCGCUGGUGGUGAAAUUCGCUGACACACAAAAAGAGAAGGACCAGAAGCGAUUGCACCAGCAGCUUCAGGCCAACCUGUACAACCUGGCAGCUGGCAUACAACUGCCCAACCACACAACUGCACAGGCCAACUCGCAGGCCAGCCAUUCGCCCACAUACCUCACCACAGCUGUUAACCAACAGUUGAAUGACUCGCACUCGUGCCUGGCUCAGUUGCAACUUUUGCAACAGUUGCAGGCUUCAAGCAACGGACAAAGCAACCUGGGAGCGCAACUUUUGUUGCACAACACUAGUUUGCAAAGUCUAGCAUCUCUGAAUGGAUCAAACGCCAGCUUAGCUGAUAUCAACCCUGUUAACCUACAAGGACUAGCAACGCUUGCUAAUCUGAACACAGCUGGUGUAAAUCCGAUGAAUCUGGUGACUCUAGCUGCAAUGACUGGUGCUAACCCGGUUUCUCCAGCUCUACCAAGUUUGACGAGCUCGUCAGCAGCGGCAGCUCUUCUUGGCAAAACAUCAACAACGCUCGGAUCUAAUGCAUCUACGUUGGGUACAUUAACUGCAACUCAUUUGAAUGGUCUUACAUCAACCGGUUUAAAUAUGCCUGAUUCAUAUGGGCCAUACGCUGGGUGGAACCUGCAGUACGGUAGUCGACCAAUCACUAGCCUCCUAUUUAAUUCAGACCAACUCAAGCUUGACAACGACGAUUUACAAACAGCGGUAGCGGCGCUGGGCGGUGCGGGGGCCAGUGGAUUGGCGGGCGCCACAAUUGGCCGCGCCCCCAAACAGAUCGAGGGACCCGAGGGCGCCAAUCUGUUCAUCUACCAUCUGCCGCCCGAGUUCAGCGACGCCGAUCUCAUCAACAUGUUCUCGCCUUUCGGAAAUGUCAUCUCGGCCAAAGUCUUCAUUGACAAAAUAACCAACUUUUCCAAGUGUUUCGGUUUCGUGUCAUACGACAACGUACAGAGUGCACAGCGAGCAAUCUCCAGCAUGCACGGCUACGCGAUCGCCAAGAAACGCCUGAAAGUCCAGCUGAAGCGAUCCAAAGAGGCCAACCGACCCUACUAACAGAACGCGCCAAUUUCGAAUUUCCAAAAAUGUCGUAACAAAAUGCCCCUCUUCUCAAAUGGAGAAGCCUCACUAACUGUAAAAACAUUCACUUUAGGUCGUCCAUCAACUUCAUCAUUUAUGUUUUAAUGUUUACAAAACAAUAAACAAACAUCUCGACACUGAGUUUGUCUCUUAUUUUACAUAGUUACAACAUAAAUAUUAUAUUUUGCAACAUAACUCACACACACAAAAUAUACACUACACCAUCAUAAUAUUUUCCCCUUGGCGAAAAAAAAUUGUAGUGAUAUAAAUAAAUAUUUGAAGCUGAAAGAAAAGUCUGAAAUAUACUUUAAGAGGAUAAAAAUAAUAUUCUUGGUAGAAUAAUGUAUGUUGUAAUGAUAUUGUAAUGAUAAUAAUUGAAGAUUUCUUUCUCUAACGUUUUUGGGCUCAUAUCAACAAAGCAAAAAUAAUGAUAGGAUUUUAGUUACCAGCGUUUUGUAGUGGGAUUCGAAAGGUAAAACAAAAAUGAAAUAGAUCCUGUGAUCAUGUUUAAUCAAUGAUUAUUAAUUGCAACAUAGAAACGUAUCGUUGACAAAAGUAACAGAAUUUUAUUGAUGUUAGAAAGCUGACAGCUGUGUAUGUAAAUGACGUAGUUUACAUAGAUUAAUGUAACAUGUAACCUGUGUAAACUUGACUGACUUGUUCGAUGUAAAUAUACGAAAUGUCAUUUUUGGUUCAGCUGUUGACCAAAAGCUACAUAUGUUUGGUGUUUGCUUGAUAUAUUAUUGUUGUAUGAGUGGCAUAUAUAUAUUGUGGGUAAAACGUUUUCAUUUCUAGAUUGGACCAAUUGUAUUGUCAAUAUACGUGUCAUACAUUGUCAAUACAAUCAAUUAUUGUAUUGUUUACAUGUACUGUAACAUAUGUUAGUGUCGGAGUGCAACAUAAAUUUAUAUAUUUAUGUAAAAAAUUAUGAAAAAUACUUAUAAACAGCUGCAGUUGUUACGGCUUUCAUUUUCACACUCAAAUUGUUGUCAUUUCAUGAAACGUAGAAGAUUUAUGUUCUUUUUUUUUUCAUUAAUUCUCUCUGUAGAGAAUUUUUCAAUAAUAACUAUUCUAGAGUAGCACUUUUAGUUUUCGAUGUUUGCUGGGAAUUUGCAAAUAGAUUCAAAAGAUAAUUUUUGUUUUCAUAUUUUAUGUUAUGUUUAUUGAUUGUUUAUCUAUAUUUUAGUUUGUUGUUCUUAGAAGAAACUAUACUAGUGAUAAGAUGAACUAGUGAGAGUUUAGAUGUUAUUUUAUUUCGCCAAAAACCAUUCAUCCAAGUAGGACACUAGAUUCAGUGACUAGAUUUUUUUUAAACGAGGAUGUUUUCGUUAGUUUUACUUUAUUCUAGUUUUAAUUUAUUGUCUUAAUCAAUUAUGUCAGUUUUCACUCAAUUUAGUUUAUCGGAUAAAAUUAUCCAUAUUACAUUGAGAAUGGAAAUUGUUAUUUCCAGAAGAAUCUUACAGUUUUACUGUAAUGUAAUUUUAUUUCUCUGGUGUUUAUGAACACUUUUUCAAGCAUUUUCAAUCUAUAUCCUUGAUUCUAGUAGACAAAUAUAUUUUAUCAAUUUGAUACAAAGAUUAAACCAAAUAAUAUUGCUUAAACAACAUCCUACUCUCAACAUAGUUUAUUCAAUAAACAAAAUUGUUCAUUUCUCAGAUGCACAAUCAAUUUGUUUUCUAUUUAGGCCGGUACCUAUUGUCAGUCACCUUUUACUCUAUCCUAAUUCUGGUUUCACAAAAUAGUGUUUUCAGAAUAGUUUUAAUAGUCAGGCUACAAUGAACAUGAUUCCAAUUAUUUUAUUCUAUAACAUUCAUCGUUUCAAGUGCUGUUAUCCAUGAGUCUGGAUAUCCCGGUUGUAUCGAGAAGAAAAAUUUAGAAAGUCUCCAAUAUCCUAUGACAUUUUAUUAAUACAAUUCAUACAAUACAUUAAUGUGAUUCUAUUUCUCUGGUGUUUAUGAACACUUUUUCACACAUUUUAAAUCUAUAUCCUUGAUUCUAGUAGACAAAUAUAUUUUAUCAAUUUGAUACAAAGAUUAAACAAAUAAUAUUGUUUAAACGACAUCCUACUCUCAACAUACUUUUCAAAAUCGAUGAACAUGAGAAUCAGUGUUUUCUCAAAGUUUAGAAAUUCAGCAAAUCCGUAAUCAUACUCUCUGUAUGUAUUUUGAUUGUGAAAUCAUUUCGUAAAUUCUAUUUUGAUUCUUGAAUAUUCUGUCCAAUUCUUCGAAUAGUUUUAUCAAAUCCCUCAAGUAUUUCUUCUUACUUACUCAUACUAUAAUGUAAGGAUAUCAUUUUUAUCUUCCAUUAUUUAAAAUUGCUGAAUAAUUCUGACUUAUUAUUUAUUCAAUAUCGAAUCCUUAAACAUCUUUUGACCUAUCUACUAUCACUGAAUAUUGAAAUUAUAUGCCUUAUCUUUUGAAUAGGCCUAUUCCAUCAUAUUUGACAUUUCUGAAUAACUCUGACUUAUUUACUAAAUAUUGAAUCUGUUAUACAUCUCCUGACUUAUUUACUAUCACUGAAUAUUGAAUUCCUAAGCCUUAUUUAUUGAAUAUUCCAUCAUAAUAAAUCGUAAACUUACUCUAUUUUAACUUGUCGUAUUUCUCUUAAUUAUUCUGUUGAUUUCAUUGUGGUUGUUAAUUGGCUAGAUGUAUGUAAUUGUGAGUUUUCCAACAUGUUACUUCAACAAGCCUACAUCAAAUGCUGAUAAACAUGUUACAUGUGAAACUUUACAUAGUAAUGUUUCAUUUCGCAUUGAUAUAUUUUAUCGAUGUGAUUUGUUCAAUGUGUUUGUAAUAUUAGUUGUGCACAAAGAUGAAGACUGGUUUCCCUGUUUCUAUAAUGAUGGAAUUUUGUUAGUUUGUUUUCUAAUCCUACUAAUUAUUCAAUUAUUGUUUGUAAUUAAACUGAUCUCGUUUUGUGUUGGCUUUUGGGUGUAGACCGCUGAAAGCUUGAACUGUGUUUUUUUUUUUGUAAUAUUUCGGAGUUUUUCGUCGUUUUCUGGGAACUAGGUAUCACCUUAUGUGCGUAAAAUAUUGUUGUAAAAAUCCGUAUUGUAUAACUGUGGCUAGAUAUCACUGUUAAAUAUUGUGUCGUUUGUCUAAAAAGGUUGAAAACUCACAGUUACUAUGCUUUCUAUAUUGUACAGUAUUUUAUAAUCAGUUUCGCAAUUAUUGUGUGUAAUAAUGUUUACUAUAACACGUAUAACUUUGAGUCACUAGUCUUUUAGUAAUGUUUAGUAUGUUUUUCAGUAUGUAACAGUGUUUACUGUUUUGUAUUGUUGUAUCAGAGCACUCAUUGUUGCACAUAUGUUAUCAUCUAUUAUUUAUUUGAAUUUGUUGGUGCGAGUAAACGUCUGCGCUUUUAACUCACUGGAAUAAAUUAAUCCAAACUGAUUGAUUAAACAAGUGGAGAAGACUGAUUCUAGUACUAUUUUGUGUUUGUUCAUAAUGGCUUGGAGCUUUGCUGGUUUUGAAAAUAAUAGGUUUGAGUUAGUUAAUCGGUUUUAUUAAUUAUAAAGAGUAUUUAUUCAUUUAAUCGAUUAGUAUUUACAGUAAAAUAUACUUAUCCAAUAAUUUAGAAUUAUUUUGGGGGUUUUAAUGUAAUAACAUGGAGCUCAUACUAAGUUAUCAAAAUUAUUUAUCCUGAACUCCUAAGUUAAUAUAUUAAUUUAUUUCAGUCAAAUUUCAUACAAUAUUUUAAAUUGAAGACUUAUAUUUUUUAUUGAUUACAAAACAAUCAUUUUUCAAACUUAAUCAGCUAAAUCUCAGUUAAUAUAAUCUACCCAACUUCAUAACGAUUGAAUCAGAAUGUAAUAUUUUAUUAUUUAAAAUUCUUGAAUUUUUAUCAAUAUUCUUCUCAAUUUUUAUUAUCCCUAUAGCACUUAUUCACUUACUGUAAGUUAGUGUCUGUUUAAUAUUGGUGUCAUUGAAUAAUCUAACUGUUCACUAUGUUGUUAAACGUUGUUUAAUCGUUGGUUAAAUUGUUCAAUUGGUGUAAUUACCUAUCUAUAUACUUAUUAAUUUGCACAAGUGGAUAUAUAAUGUACUAUGUUCAAUGUUAAACGGAACUGUAUGCUUAGCAAAAUGUAUUUGAUUUGAUGUUGAGAAUAUUAUUAUAAUUAUUGAAAAUAGUGUAGUGGAAACUUAAAUUGUUAGAUUUGUCUUUUUUCGCUAGGGAUACUAUUGAAUAUAAAUAAAAAUAUAAAUAUCUAAGUACCCUAUUUAAAAUUGUUUCACCCUUUUUCCGAAACAUAUUGUGAGUAAACAAUUUUAAAAAAUAUAUUUAUAUUUUUAUUUAUAUUAUUAGAUUUAUUUGUGUAUAUUGUGUGAUGACAAUAUAUAAUCCUUUGUAGGAACAGCCAAAGAGUCAAACGUGUUUGUUGUUUAUAUAAUCAAAAUGACGUUUCUUCAAUAAAUGUAAUAAUUAUUUGUCUUUAAUUAUUAUGAAUAAGUGUUCACGGUAAUUGAUUAUUUCUUGUCAUGUUAUCAAUUAUUUAUUAUAUAUUCAAUUAGUACUUACUUCUCGUUAUGAAAGCUUAUCAUAAUCAGCUUAUCAAGUCAUAAUUUUAUAGCUAUAGUCAAUUUUUAAUUUCCCAAUAUGUUAUUCCAAGCUAAAAACGGUCGAAUAUGUGAAUAGUCUGCAAUCUAUGAGAGCAUUCAACAGUUACAGAUAUGUAUCUUUUUUGAGGAUAAAUAAACAUUUACAUAUAUUAUUUCAUAGUUUGCUUUGGAAAAAUACAAGUAGGCUACACAGAGUUGGUUUGGGAAAAUUACUCUUGUUUUGAAAAUAUGUUGAAUCAACUUUUCCGCUAAAAUACAAAAAUACAAAAGUGAAUAACUGAUUCAAUUAUCAACUUCUACUAUAGAUAUUGAGUAUGUUCAGGAAGCUGUGAGUCAAAAUAUAUUUAAAUUUUUCCAUUCUUAUUUUAUAGUCUACAGUCAUUACGAAUGAUCAUACCGCUCAAAUGAAUAUUUUACAAUGAUUAUACCACUUAAAUAACUAUUUUACAAUCACUUUGAAGAUAAAAUUUGUAAUUUCUGAUAUUCACAUUAUUUUGAUAUCUUGGUUCACGAUUUCCGUUUUUGUUUUCGAUUUAUUUUCAUUGAUUUUAAUUUGUACCAAUUAACCAAAUACAUAUUGAUAAGGCUAUUACUCUGGUACAGAUUCGAAGUUGCCAUAUAUUUGUUUCUAGAAUAAGUAAAUCUAUUGUUUUGUUCAUUAUUAUCUGGAAAAUAAUAUUGAUUAUUAUUGCCAAAAUUA